AUGUUAUUACCAAAUAUCCAGUCUUUGUUUCUCCAAGCAAUGUAUCUAUACCUAGUAAUGGGACGAAUAAACUUCCAGUCAUAUGAUCAAUCAAUCCAGGAACUUUUAGAAAAUCCACAAAACGCAGAUUUGGUUAAGACUAUCUUUUAUAAAAAAUUAUUGGGCUCUAAAUUCUACUUACUUAUUGGUGCAAUUGGUUUUGAGCAUUUGAUCGAACGACUAGAAAAAGAUAUUGAUACAGACUCUUGCAGGCGUGAUGAAGAAAAGGUACAAGGGAUUCCUCCGGUUAUAAUUAAACCAUAA